AUGACCUAUUUACCGUACAAUCUAAUUCAAAUCAGUCUGUUUACGUGCUCUCGUGAGGAAGGAGCAUGGAAACUCAAGAUAAAAUCCGUGAUAGAUGAGGUCUUUCAGGGUUACGUCAUUCAAGCCAGGGAUCACAUGGACCGGCCCGUCGGUACCUUUGACGUCAUCAAUCGGACCACCCUGACGUGCGAUAACGACACGUUAUCACAGAAAGGUAAGCACAAUCACACGGAGCGUGAGUUCACAUGGACGUCAAACAGUGCUGAUUUCAGGGGAUACAUCAUUUUCAAUGCAACGGUUCUACGAAAUGCAACACUGUUCUGGAAGGUUGUAAGCCAUCCAGUUUAUAUUGGGACGCCGGAGUUCAGCGGUCUGGUCAGCAAAGUGAACAACAUCUCAAACGACGUUCAGAAUUACCAAAUUCGGUGGUUUGUGGACCAGGUGGCUGUCCACUUUGAAAUAAGGGCCAAAGUUGAGUUGAACAAAUAUUUCGCAAUAGCUCUGUCGAAAGAUUCAAAAAUGACAGACGACAGUGUGGUGGCUUGCACUCCAAAUGGUGUGAAGAUGAGUUGGAACUUCGUUGAAGAGAAUGAUCUGCAGAACGUCAUACUUAAAAAUCCGACGUACAACCUGCUCCCUGAACUAUCCAACGUCACAUACGUCGACGGAGAGGUCGUCUGCUCAUUUGCAUUGUUCAAAACAGAAUUCCACCGAUACCACAUAACCGCAAGUAGUGGCAAUACCAACAAAGACGUGGAUGGCAGUCGAAGCCGCUUGAUUAAGGACGAAUCCGCCGCAGAUUACGACAAAGUUCUAUUCGCAGGGGACGGCGAGUACUACAUUCUUGUGGCCAGUGGCAGUCAGAGGAAGGGUCAUCUGGGCAACCACGAGUGGGCCACCUCACACGGACCUCUCACUUUUUCCAUGGAAAUAAUAAGUGACGUUGGUCUCGUGGAGAAAUACAACGUUAAAAUUCACGGCGUCCUGAUGGUCAUUGCAUGGACAUUCGCGGCCAGUGUGGCCGUCAUCCUUCCUAGGUACUUCAAAAUUUCGUCCAUCAGAAUCAAAAUCUUUGACAAGCCUUUCUGGUUCUCUUUCCACUUCAUCCUGUUCAUGUCCGCCAUCCUGCUUACCAUCAUUUCUUUCGUCCUCAUCUUCGUUGAGGUCGGCCGCUACUCUAUCGUGCAUGGAAUCGGAGCGGCCCAUCCGGUACUCGGUAUAAUUGUAACGGUUCUCAUUGUCUUCAAUGCAAGUUUCUUCCUUCGUUAUUUUUUAUUUUACUACGUUGGCAAUGAUGUGGCCGUGUUGGCCUUCUUCAGGUGCGACAUACGGAGCAAGAAUCGAUGGCUCUUCGAUUUGUUUCAUUACGUCAUCGGUCAGACGUCAUACUUCAUCGCAUUGAUCACCAUCCUGUUGUCAGUCUUUCUUUCCAAACUCACCCUGCCUUCUUGGUGGCCGUGGGUCGUGUUGGGCCACAUGGGGUGGCAGGCCCUCAUCGAAUUCUUCCUCUAUACCAUCAAGUUCUACAAGGAAAGAGUUAGAACAAUAAACAGACAGAACAAAGAAAAUGAAGAAGGAGAAGCCAAAGAACCAAGAGUUCAAGUUCCGGCCAUUAAACUCGCUACCACCACAACUGCUCUUGGUCCACGUCAUUGGAGUCAUCAUCUUCACCAUCGUCAUCUCAGUCGGCAUCUACGCAGCCAACUGAAUGGAAACAAUCUGCAUACAUAGAUACAAUUUUUUUUGUUAGAUGGUGAUAUAUUUUUAUUAUUUAAUCUGGAAGGCCCAAGCCAAAUAACCCUAGUGACCCCUUCUUCAAGGGCCUGCGUAUGUAUAUGACGCUAAUUUUGUCUGUUGUACCGUCUGGCUAUUUAUUCGAUUAUGUGGAAAAGUUUACCUUUAUUUUGUUUCAUGUAAUUGAAGAGCGAACUUACAAUCCAACGUUUAAUGGUUGGUACCUGGUGUUUAAAUUUCGAUCAUUUUCAUUACUCUUUUAUUAGUAUUUUUAUCAUUGAGAUGAAAUUAUCUUCAUUUUAUUUGAAUGAAUUAAAAGUGGAGCUAUAUAAUAAAAAGUCAUACAAAAUUGAAAAAAA